CGGGUACUGGGUUUUAAGCGGUUCUUAUCGCCCAGACACAGGUCCCUCGAGUCAGUCAGAGGUGAUGCUGUAGCAGCAGAGGCUCAGUCAAGAGAUGAUGAGGUCGAAAAACGACGUGAGAGGGACGUUAUUUCAACUCUGUGUAUGUGGCAGUCAAUUUUUGAGGAAGUAAAGAAAGCUGAAGAGAGCGGACGACAUACGUAUGGCCCCGCUUGGUGGCUUUUUACCCGCACCAACGAUGAAAAGUGGGAUCGAUGCCUUCGGGUCAGUCUCCGUGGAGGUGGCUCGAGAAGCGACCGAUCUGUACUAAAACAACGGACGCGACGCUAGCAUGCUAGCUUGCGCUUUGAUGUGUGUUCCUCCGACGCAUAACGUCGCCGUUGUACUGCUGGGGUUACACUUUCAGACGAGGCGAUCAGAAACCCCGGAGUCCCCCUCGCUUUCGAUUUCAUAUUGCUGACUAACUGGAUAAACGUUAACUCAAACGGUCCACCUUAGCAGGUGACAUAUCGCGUCUAGCUACAUUAGUUAGCUCUCCUCGGAAGUGGCUAUUAGCGUUAACGCGAGUCAAAAUUUGUUAAGCAAAUGGACACCGAGUUAGCUCAAAAGGCGACGCGUGCCCAGAGUAAUGUUACAUAGUUAGCGUAACAGUGACUAACAUACCCAGCUUGGCUUGACAGACAGCGGUGGAGUCGCGUUAAACGUUUAUGGUGCUACGCUAUUUGCAAUUAAUUGUUCUUUCAAAAAAGGGGCGAACUAGUUUAGACCGGUAAUUUAGCGUCACGUUGACAAUUUGGUAUCUCCAAAUAUGAGACCGAGAAUAAAACUGUCUUUUUUUUUUUUUUUUUUAAUUUAGUGCUCUAGGAGGUAACGUUCAAAUAUACCCUUUGCUUGAUAUGUUGCUUAAAAACUUUACAACGUCCGUCUCAGGGGAAGAGACUGAGGAAAGGGACAGUAUGUAACAUUUAAGGCAAUUUUCUGUCAGGGACAACAAGUCAGUUUCUCCUAACGUAGGCUCAUUUUUUGACCGAAAUAUGCUAAGCUAGGGCAGGAAACUCGGCACAUCCUCAAGUGCUCUGUACACUGUAGGUAGUAAUCUUUUCCAGAACGGCCUCGUUAAGUGUAGCUCACAACCGCCAGAAAUGCGUCUUUCCUCCUUCUUGGCCCUGUUCAGGCCUGCUUUACCCCUUAUCCUCGGGCUGUCUCUGGGAUGCAGUCUGAGCCUUUUGAUGGUGUCCUGGACGCAAGGGGACACCGAUGACACCUGCAGAGACGAACUGGGCACCGGGAGGCUUUUCCUGGGCAGGGGAGAUGCCCAGAGGGUCUCAAGGGACGGAGCUGGGGAUGAAGACUUCCAGCCACGUAUAGUGCCCUAUCACAAAGACCCAAGCAAGCCCCACAAGAAAGUCCUCCGAACUCGAUAUAUCCACACUGAGCUGGGCAUCAGAGAGCGACUGCUGGUGGGCGUACUGACGUCUCGAGCCACCCUGAAUACGCUGGCUGUGGCGGUGAACCGCACAGUAGCCCACCACUUCCACCGCACUUUUUUCUUCACAGGCUUGCGCAGCCCCAAGGUGCCUCAUGGCAUGACUGUAGUUGCCCACGGUGACGACCGCCCAGUGUGGCUGAUGUACGAGACAGUGCGUCACCUCCACCAGCACUACGGCUCAGACUAUGACUGGUUCCUCUUAGCCCAGGAUGACACUUACAUGCAGGCAGAUCGUCUGUCCGAGCUGGUGGGGCAUCUCAGUGCCGGUCAGGACCUGUAUAUGGGCAGGGCGGAGGAGUUCAUCGGUGGGGAGGAGAAGGCACGCUACUGCCACGGGGGUUACGGCUAUCUGCUGUCUCGCAGUCUGCUGGCCCGUCUGCAGCCCCAUCUCGACACCUGCCGUAAUGACAUCCUCAGUGUGAGACCUGAUGAGUGGCUGGGCCGCUGCAUUAUUGACUAUCUUGGUCUCAGUUGUGUGGAGGUGCACCAGGAGAUGACGUAUCGCUACUUUGAACUCGGCAAAAACGCAGAUCCAGAGCGCGAGGACAGUGCGCCGUUUAAAAAUGCCUUCACAGUCCAUCCUGUGUCAGAGCCUAAUCUCAUGUACCGCCUGCACAAACGCUUCAGCCAGAUCGAGUUGGAAUGGACGUACCUGCAGAUCCAGCAGCUCCAGAUGCAGAUCAGCAACCUGAGUGACCUGACACCGGAGGGUAAGGCUGGAGUCACGUGGCCUAUAGGAAUCAACUCUCCCUUCAAACCAAAAACCCGUUUUGAGGUUAUAAACUGGGAGUACUUUACAGAGGAGCAUAUUUACUCGUGCGUUGACAGCUCUCCAAAGUGUGAGAUGAAAGGGGCAGACCGUGCUGAUGUAAAUGCAGUUCUGGAGAUCGCAGUGGAGCGUCUAAAUGAGCGUUACCAGCCCCAGCUGCGCUUCCGUAAACGCCGCCUCCUUAAUGGGUACAGGCGCUUCGAUCCUACGCGGGGCAUGGAGUACAUGCUGGACCUCGCACUGGAGGCCUAUACCCAGAAAGGCCACAGUCAAGUAAUUGUAAAACGGGUCAACCUGUUGCGUCCUCUCAGCGCCGUUGAGAUUAUCCCCAUGCCUUAUGUGACAGAGGCAACACGGGUGCAGGUCAUCCUACCUGUCACUGCCCAGGACCAGGACUAUGUCAGUAACUUCCUCGACAUGUAUGUGAUGAACACUCUUGACGCCCAUGAUAACGUUUUACUCACGUUCUUGUUCAUAUAUGACCCAUUUGAUGCGCAGCGAGUCAGUCAGACUGACGUGUUUGCUGGCAUCAAGGCCAUGAUCGGGGAGGUGGAGAAGCGCUACGGAGACGUGAAGAUUCCCUGGAUCAGCGUGAAGACGGAGGUGCCCUCGCAGGUCAAGCUGAUGGACAUCAUCUCUAAGAAGCAUCCGGUGGACACGCUGUUUUUCCUGUCUAGUGUGUGGACAGAGGUCAACGCUGACUUCCUGAACCGCUGCAGAAUGAAUGCCAUCAGCAACUGGCAAGUCUUCUUCCCCAUCCACUUCCAAGAGUUCAGCCCUGCUGUCAUCUACCGCGACCAGCAGCCAUCGGCUGCCUCCUCUUCCUUCGCCUCUGAGUCGCUGCGAGACGGCCACUUUGACCGCCACGUCUUCGACGAGGCCUGCUUUUACAAUGCCGAUUACAUGACCGCACGGACCAAGAUGGCGGCCGACAUCUUGGACAACGAGGAGCUGCUGGAAAGCAUGGACGUGUACGACAUAUUUGUUCGCUACUCAGGCUUACACGUGUUCAGAGCUGUGGAGCCGGCGCUCCUACAGAAGUAUGUGCGGCGAACCUGCAACCCGCGGUUCAGCGAGGAUAUCUACCACCGCUGUGUACUCAGCAACCUGGAGGGCCUGGGGUCUCGCUCACAUCUAGCCAUGGCUCUUUUUGAACAAGAGCAGGCCAACAGCACCUAGAGGCCAUCCGCAAUCGCUGGGAUGAUGUGGUACUUUGAGAGUGUCGAGACCUCACACGUACUGCCUGGAUUAAAGGAUACUCGCGCAGAAUAAUAUGACCUGUAAUAUGGUACUUUUGUGAUCCAUACACCGAAAUUCUCUCCUUUUGUAUUUGGCAGAAAGAGCUGAGGAUCAGCUAAGAAACAGCAACGUCUUAUGCACGGACACUUUGACAGAGCGAAUGCGUGCUGGUGAAUAAGAUCACAGUUACAUCCUCCAGCUGCAAAUCUCUUUGCUCAGUACCUACAAGAACUUCAGACCUACGAGUCUAUAUCUUUGAAUCCGUCAUGUCUAGACAAAAUUAUGAGUCAUGAAGGUGUCUUCUCACACUGCUCCCCGAACUUGGACUACAGACCUUCACAUAAUACAUAGGAGCUGUUAGUUGCAUUCAUGCUGUUGACCUAUUCUUACGGGAGUUGAGGAACAAUAUUUAUAUUCCAUUCAAUGUAUGAUGAUCUGUCUUGAAAUGAUAAAUGAACAAAAGCCUUCAUUGUUAUUAAUUAAAAAAAAAAAAACUUGAGCCAUAAGUCUUCUUCGGUGAAGAUAUUUAAAAGAAUACUGGAACAAGCUGAAGCCAUUGGCUGCCUUUUCUCUGAUAUGUUCUUUUUUUUUUUUCCUUUUUUUUUUUAAGAGGCAUUAAAGAGUGAUAUUUC